CCAGUACUUUCAUUUUCCGAAGCAUUUAAUUUGUAACAAAAAAGAUUGAGUUCCGCAAAUUCAAAGAAACUAUUGCUGCAUGGCAUAUAAUUGCAAACCAGGUGUCGAUUAAAAUAUACUUUCCCGGAAACUUGCUUGUUGGACCUGUUUUCGUCUCGCGUACUUUCAUUGUUCACUCCAGCUUUCUUUUUUUUUUUUUUGCGUCUUCCAUAUUUAACCCCUCCCCACCCCUGUUCAGCAGACGGCUGCAUUUUGCGGGGUUGCAUUACUCUGAAAUAUGUGAGAAAGGUUAUGAUCUUGUUCUGUGUUACUGGUCUUUGGUGCUGAACCGGACUUCAAGACAGUUAGUGAAGUAGGCUAAGUUGUAAGGUUACAAGCGUUUGAACAAAUUUUUGCGAGCGUUGUCAAAGUUGUCAGGUUCAGCUACGCUCUCCUCCCCUGACAAGUCACAAUUUUACCCACAACACUCCACUCUCCUGCCACUUCCGUCUUUCGGGGAAAUUCCCGAAUUUGCAGUAUGUAGUAUUUGUGCUAAAUCUGUAUUGAUGAUUGUUGUCCCGUGCUUUAAGCACAAAUUUAAAUGUAGAACUUUACAUAUGGCUAAACUCUACUGAACGGAGCCGUAAGAUCUUAAUUUUAGCAACCACUUUCCGUAGUUGUUGGCAGCCAUGUGAGCCGCUUUGCAGGCUUCCAUCUUUUUGGCGGGCAACCUCAAGAAAAAGUUGAGCUGCUUUUCGGCAGUUCAAAGGUGAUGGAAUAUGGAAGAGAAAGGAAAAAAUCAAGGGAGGGGUGGGUGGAGGAAAGAUGUAUUGGGUCCGGUGGUUUUGGAACAGUUACACUGUAUGAGAACAAGAUUACCAAGCAACAGAUUGCCCUUAAGAGAUGUCGCAUGGAUUUAAAUGCUCAAAACAAGAAGCUAUGGCGACAGGAAGUUGACAUAAUGAAGAGACUGGAUCACCCAAACCUUGUGUCAGCUAAAGAUGUUCCAGCACCACUGGAUGUCAGUGUUGAUGAACUUCCUCUGUUGGCCAUGGAGUUUUGCUCUGGAGGAGACUUGAGAAAGGUCAGUUACAGUAUGACCUUCUAAAACUGUCUAAUGCAUACAAAGAGCUAGUAUAUAGAUUUAUUAUACAUUGUAGUCACCAUCUGUCUACUCAUUGGCUAAAAGCCUACAGUUAAUUCUGGGAAACAGCGCAACCUACAGCAAAGUCCAAGAGUGUACCCCCAGAGGCACAGCCUUACUUUCCAAUCAGAGAUGAGCUUAUCGUGGACCAUGGAGUCAUCUUGAAAGGCCUGAGAGUUGUGGUUCCACAGACCUUGCGUAAGGAGUACCUUAGGCAACUCCACAAGGGGCAUCCUGGAAUGGACGUUAGAAAGAGGAGAGCAAGAGAAACCGUGUAUUGGCCUUCUUUGAUGCUUGAUAUCGAUUCCAACG